CAGAACCCAAGGAACCGCAGUUCGCUAAUUCUACAACAAGAAGUUUGAAGUUUGACCUACUUAUGUGUGGCUCAGUCAUAGCCAACCUGCUUUUCUUAUUUCAGUGGCCAUUUUUUCUCUCUGUUUAUUUUUGAAUACGUUUGUAAUCAAAAGAAAAUAUGAUUCACUGAUUCUGAACAUAGAAGCCAGUUAAGCGAAAGUUUCUAUUCUGUUACCAACUGUAUAAAACAAUUGGAGGAAUAACAUAGUAAAGGCGGUAUUGCAAGAUGAACGCUGCCUUUGUACAAUUUCCAAAUUGGAAUUGAGGAAGUUUUGUAUUAUGUCAAAGUUGGCAGUCUUCGCUAAAACACUAGCUGAUUUGGGAAACAAACGAAUCAGGAAAAAUCCUCGUAUUCACCCUAAAGCAAAAAGCAAACUUUUUAGUGUAAGACAACCAACUCCAGUCGACCCAGUGGAAGAGGAACUUUGCCGAAAGUGGUGGACAGAAUAUCGAUUACAGUAUGAAGCCGUCAGUAAGCUGUUCAAAUAUGAAGUCUACCGGCGCAACGUAGAAAUCAUUGAAACCUCACGAACUGAUCACGAGCACGAUCGUAACCGACGUCAUGAGCUAACAGCAAACUGGAAUACAGAAACUCACUUAGCUGCUACAGAUAAACUAGAAAAGCUUCUAGACACAUUAAUUGAUAAACAGACCAGUAGAUUAACUGACUACUUGAAUAAACAAUCAGUAUGCUCAGAAAAAUUGGAAUCUAAUCUGGCGACAGUUGCUAUGUUGGCUGAAAAAAUGAUUACAGAAGAGAAUUUAGAUGAGAAAGUUGAAGAAAUCAUGAAUUCUGAUACAGUCGAUUAUAACUUCGUAGUUGAUUACAAAGGUAAUAUUAUCCGAGGAAGUGAAUCAUUACAACACAAACCACCACCUGAUAUCGACGUAGAAGAAAGUGUGCAAAAUGAUGUUUUGUCAGUUACUUCUUAACUCUUUAGAAAUGAUAUUUUUGCCUUUCUCAGUUGUUUUCUACUGACGUACAUAUUAUGAUUAGUAUACAUGCACUGUACAUAAAGAAGUAUCUGCAUUUCCCU